UUGAAGAUCUCUAAAUCCUAAACCACACUCCUCUUUUGGAGCAUUUACACUCUUCCAUUUUAUAAGCUUUCUACCUUUAUUGGUCUUCUUUUUCCUCCAGAACUUUUGUUGAGUAGAAUUCAUCUUCUUAAUGGUUGAACAUGGAAGAUUGAAGCUUGUCAUAUGAUGAACAAGAAUAGCAUUAGUGACAUUUCUCACCAUGAAACACCUGGCAGCUUCAGACAUGUUAACACAUCUCCACCUUGAUAACCUGGUAUCCAUUUUGUCAACAAGAAUAGAAAAAGGGAUUCUCUUAUUCCUUACAAUAAAGAAAGGCAGGACUAAGUAUUUUUCAUCAUUGAGAUUUACUGUAAUCUUAUCACUUACUUAUGAGGAAUUACUUCUUCAAUCGCUUCUUAGCCUGGGGUAUAACUCAAAUUUUUGGUUUCUACAUUCAUUUCCUCGUUUAUGUGUUACUGGUUUUGCAUUUCUGGGUGCGAAGAAGAUGUUUGUUCACAGGCCUGAUAGGGAUAGAUUUUUGUUACUACUCUUGUUUGAUAGAGUAAUUACUAUUGAGAUUAGCUGUGAAAACCUUGUAAGCUCAAAGUAUUUGAUCAUUAUUGACAGCAAAUUGAACUGUAAGGACAGUGUUACUCUUCUUUUUGAUGAUACUCGUUCAUUAUUUGAUCGAGGAAAAGAGAUAGAGCUCAGUUUAAGAACUUCUUGGUUUACUAAAUGUACUGAAAUUAUGUCUCAAAUUGAUGUGUGCUUGGAAUUUUUGCCUAGAUACUAUAGAGUUUCUGUUCCAGAGUUGAUUCAUGAACAGGGUGUUUCUAGUACACAACUGCUUGGUAAAAUGAUUCAAAUAGAUAUUGUUUAUAAGCUGUUUUUUAGACAUGGGUUUCGAUUAGAUACAUUCUCUAUGAAGUAUAUCUUGUUAGCAUUCAGAACCGGUGAUAUUGGUGAUGUUUUUAUGUGGUGUCUUCGAAUGUGGAGAAAAGUAUAUUUUCUAUUGCAGCUUAAGUAUGGUUCACUUCAUGAGCUUGAAGUUCAAAUUCUUGAAUCAUUGGAUGUUCUUGGGAUUCAUAUAGAGAGUUUGGAAAGUUUCUCUGAGUUUAUUAUGUUCAUACUUCACCAGGUAUUCUUGUAUUUGCAACUUGGUAUUCACUCUCCUCUUGUGCUGUUAAUUCAUACAAAGCAUUGUAAUUUGUUUGAGAUGGAUGCUAUUAGGAAAAUACAUGCAUUAUUCGUUAAAAUGUUGCUGCAGAACCAUGUCUCCUGGUUUAAUUGGAUAAUGCAGUUUGUUCCCCGGAGGUGUUUUACCUUGCGUUAUGUUUAUCCUCUAUUAGUAUAUGACCGUGGCAAAGAAUUUGAACAAUUGUGGGUUUGCUUUUGGUUUGAUGUAAGUGCUUCUAAUUACCAGAAAUAUACUUGUUCUCUCAUUCUUCAUGAUCAAGUGCUUGUUCAACAGCCAACUCUUAUGUACGGGUAUCAAUCUGAACUGUUGUUUGUGAUAUCAUAUCUGCUGGUGUUUAUUACAACCGAUGAUUGUGGUGCUAGUGGCUAUCUGUCUGUGAAAAAGGCGCAGAGAAACAAUGUAUACGAGAGUACUUUAACCUGUCUGUUUGGUAUAUGGCUUAGGAGUAUAGUGUGGAGUCGGAACCGUGGUGGAACUCAUACUCUUUUGCAUCUUCAACAUGGUUUGAUUUAUGACACAGGAGACACAGUGGUGACUUGUGCAAGAGAGGAACAAUGCAAGACCAAUUUAUGUACUAUGGUUGUUAUGCGCUAUUGCUCCUGGGGUCUCCACCAAUGACGAAAUGUAUUAAGUUGGAUUUUUCUGGAGGGAGAAUGAGAAAAAUGCCUAGACCUCCUGUGGUACUUGACAGAGUACAUUUCACGCUCAAAUUAGUUUUGGUUAUAUUAAAAUAUGGAUGCACAUGGGUUUUCUUAAUGUGUAGGAGCACUAAUACUCGAGAGGAGCACAUGAAAGCAAGAAUAUGCUCAGGCUUAACUAGUUUACUAGCUGCUGCGUGUCACCAUCUAUGUUGCAGACCGCUAUGGGGUUCCAUGCAUAAACCAACUGACGAUUAAUGCUUGACCGCACUCCUUCCUAGUGUGGUAGGACCUCACUUCAUGAUUACUGUUGGGAGAUAACUGAAAUUACAGGAGCACCUGUUAUGGUCUGUGGCUAUCUUACAUUCCAGUUGCAUGGACAUGGGAUUGCGGGCUUGUAGUUGAAGUAUAGGAGAGCCUCACAGGGGUAUUCAUUGGCAUAGUGGCGGGUCUGAUGUGAGUUGGAGGAACCUGCUACUGCUGUUCCGUCACCAAUAAGGACGAGAGUUCUCAAAUGACAGCAAUCUUUCGUCACAGCGCCUGCGUUGCAACCACAUAUGAAUACCAAUAGUUAGUAAAAUAGAUAGUAAGUAUUAAUCAGUUAAUUGUCUAAUUAGUAGUCAAUUAUCAGUGUAAUGGAUGGGUGUGAUAUAACCACCUGGACUAUUGAGGGUCGUUAGAUGUCAGGUUAAAUGUGUAUCUA